GUAUUUAGAAGCAAUAUCGCUAGAUUGGGGUAUCGCACUCGAGACACUUCUAUGUAACCAUAGCUACAAAUCUAACCGUCACAAUAUCACUUCUGUGGCUUGACCAGUGACAACAUUGCAACAGCUUUGUUCACCAUGACGAUGAUGACAGCUUGUUCCGUAUGCUACCCUCUUCUGCUGUUUCUGUUGGCACUCCUGAAUAUACCAACAUGUGUAGUAGGUAGUGGUGAUAGCCUAGUGACCAAGCUUCUGCGUCGACUGGAGGACAACGGUGGUGGCUACAACAAUGGCAACUACGGGUACUAUUACUACGACAAUGAAGAUGGCAUUUACGAUCUGUCCCUCUUGUACAUCAAGUACUUGGGCUGUACGUCGUUCCGUACCAGCAAUGCCAACUACGGUGGCAACAACGAUGGAGGAGACAACAACAAUUACUACCAGUACUACGAAGACGGCAACCUAGUGUACGGCUACAAGAACCAGUUGGUCCGCUUUACGCUCUGCGCCAGUUCUGGCUGCGACAGCAAUGACUGCGUGGGAGAGUACGCCAUGGACAUGCUGGAAUUCUUGGAAGUCUACUCGGAGCAAAUGCAACAACAACAAGAACAGCAGUGCGAAUACGUCAAGGAACACUGCUACUGUUCGGGUGGUUACACCUGGGAAAGUUGUCUCUACAAUUGCUACUCCAAUGCGGGAAUUGUCGAUUGCAUGGAUUCGUACUACGGAAAUGAAGAGUCCUUCCAGUUGCAAGAGUACCUCGAAUGUCGUCAAGCGUACGGCGGACAAAACGGUGAUAAUAACAACAACAACAACAAUAAUAAUUACAACAACAACAAUGGCGAAAUCCAAUUCUUUGUCGGUCCUUACUGCGACACGGAUUCCGGAGAUGUCUUUUUGGGAGCAUUUUUUGACGAGUACUGCGCUAUGGAGGCGGAUGCCUCUUAUUUCAUGUCACUCAAUUAUGGCAAUGGAUUCCCCUACUUUUACGAUGCCAUCAUUAGCACCACCAGUGGUAACACGGGCUAUUGCACGGCGUGCAUUGAUCAAGAACAGCAAAACAAUGGUGACGACGAUGAUGGCUACCCCGAUGCCAAUGAAUUGUGUCAAAUGACUACUGAAGAAGCCGAGUACAAGUGCGAUUGGGCGCGGCAGUAUUACACGGGUUGUACCUUUCUCAAUACCACACUCCCCUGUCUCGAUGGUCGCUAUUGUCCCGACGAUGAUGGUGCCGGAAAUAUUCAACAAAACUUGGUGGAUGAAGAAGGAGGCAGUGUCUCGUCCACCGAAUCCUCUGAAAAUCAACUCUUUGCCAAGGUACAAAGCAUUCUCGACUUUGAGGAAAAUCCAUUCCUCGCGGGAAUGGUGGUGGUCAUGUCGGGAAUUUUGCUCUUUUUCCUAUCGGGAUGUUUGGUGUGGUGCUGUGUUCCCAUCCUUCCUCGUGCACCAGUGCAGAAUAGCAAGCGCACGUCACUCAUUGAUCGACACUUGAGUGGGAGGAAUGAUCAGAUCAUGAGGAACCGAUCGAAGUAAAUAAAGUGAUUGAAGACGGACAGCUCCUUGGCAGACGUCCGACAGUAGCACCCCCAUGAGGACAGAUCGUAUUAUUAACCAAUUAGUCUAGCGACACUCUUGUAAAACAUGCAAACAAACACAAAACCAGCCAUUGUAUUACAUGUAGUUACAGUACCGGUAUGGAUGGGCAAAGGCAGCCAAAUAUAUACUUACCGGUACACGUGUACAGGUGCGGCCUCCCAGAGUUGCUGGAAGAUCCAAGCUUCUCUUGUCAAAAAGAAAGA